UACAAGCAAAGCCAAAUGGCGUCGCAUUUGUCAGCAAGCUCCCGCUCCUGCAAUAAGACUCCAGCUAGCUUAGAUCCUCGAGGAUGCAGCUGCGCACCAUUCAUGGUCAUGGCAGAAUCCACGCAAGAACCGCCCCUCCACGUCGUGGUGUUCCCAUGGCUCGCCUUCGGCCAUAUCGUCCCGUUCCUCGAGCUCGCCGGGCAGCUGGCGCGGCGCGGCCACCUCGUCACCUUCGUCUCCGCCCCGAGGAACGUGGCCAGGCUUCCCCGGGAGCUCUCCCCGCGCAUCCGCCUCGUGUCCCUGCCCCUGCCGGCCGUGGAUGGACUCCCUGAUGGCGCUGAGUCCACGGCCGACGUGCCGUGCGCUCUGUUUCUCAUCUUCCCGGCGCCAUUUGUCGCGUUCAUGGGACCCAAGGCGGCGAACGACGCGCACCCGAGGACGGCGCCGGAGCAGUUCACCGUCCCGCCGCCGUGGAUCCCGUCCGCGUCGUCCACCCCCGCUUUCCACCUCCACGAGGCCAAGAGGAUCGCCGGCGGGUUCCACCCCAACGCGUCCGGCACCUCCGACAUGAGCCGCUUCUGGGAGACCGAGCGGCGUUGCCCGCUCCUCGUCUGCCGUAGCAGCCGCGAGGUCGACGGCCCGGCGGCCUGCGCCCUCCUCCGCGAGCUCUACGGAAAGCCCGUCGUGCCCUCCGGCCUCCUCGCUCCGUACGACGCCGUCUUGGCCGCCGCCCAUGCUGGCGGCGGAGGCGGCGGCGAGGAGGAGGAGGACGCCGGCGGCGGCGUGGGGCCCGUCAUGCGCUGGCUCGACGCCCAGCCCGCAAGGUCCGUGCUCUACGUCGCGUUCGGGAGCGAGGCGCCGCUGUCCCCGGCGCUCGUCCGCGAGGUCGCCCUCGGGCUGGAGAUCGCCGGCGUGCGGUUCCUCUGGGCGCUCCGGAAACAUGCCGCCGCCGCCGGCGGCGGGCUGCUCCCGGCCGGGUUCGAGCGCCGCGUCGCCGCAGCCGGGCGCGGGGUGGUGCGCGCCGGGUGGUUGCCGCAGGUUCGCGUGCUCGCGCACGCCGCGGUGGGCGCCUUCAUGACGCACGCCGGCUGGAGCUCGCUCGUGGAGAGCUUCCUGCUCGGGCACCCGCUCGUGAUGCUGCCGCUGGCCGGCGACCAGGGCCUCACGGCGCGGGUGAUGGCGGCGAGGCGGGCCGGCCUGGAGGUGCCGAGGGCGGCGGACGACGGGUCGGUGGCCAGGGACGACGUCGCGGCGGCGGUGAGGAGGGUGAUGGUUGAGGAGGAAGGGGAGGCGUUCGCGCGCGCCGCCAGGGAGUUGCAACGGGUGCUCUGGGACAGGGAGACGCAGGAGGGGUACGUCGAUGACCUCGUCCACAACUUGUUACUCCAACGCCGCAGGGAAUAGGCUUUAUGGGCCAAGGAGCUUCACUUGUGUGUGUGCAAUCGUUCUCGUUUACUUUGGUGUAUUGUAUAGUUUCACCUUGCAUGGUGUUUAUCUAGAGUACUGUUAUUUUUUUUA